AAAUGACAGUUCAUGUUAAUUAAUUACCGACAUGUCAGCGACAGCUCUAACCUAUGAGGAUCUUCGCAAGCAAGCGAGACACUUAGAAAACGAUAUCGAUUUAAAAUUAGUGGCUUUUAGUAAAUUAGGCGCUGGAAUAAACACUCCUCAUGCCCACAACACGGCCGAUACAGUCCCAUUAUUAUCUGGGGAAGAUACUUUUGAGGCUAUGUCAUUGGAAAUCGAGCAAUUACUCAAAAAAUUGACCCAAAUUAAUGAGAGGAUGUCGGAACAGCCCGUUUCGGGGGCUGGGAUGCUUCACACGUUGCAUCGGCACAAAGAUAUCCUCACGGAUUUAUCGAGAGAUUACCGAAAAAUCAAUUCGCAACACGAAACGAGAAGGGAAAGAGAGGAUUUAUUAAGAACUUCCAAAAACGAUAGUUUUCGAACUGAGGGGGUUAAUCGAAGGGACUUAUACACGAAAGAAAACACCCAUUUAUAUAACUCCGAUCGGUUGGUUAAUGAUCAAAUAUCGAUAGCGAUGGAGACUCGGGAACACCUUUCCGGUCAACGGCAAACUUUAAAGCGGUUGCAAACGAGGUUUAAUGACGUCUCAAAUCGGUUUCCGAUGAUUAACAGUUUGAUUCAACGGAUUAAUAUGAGGAAAAAGAGGGAUUCGGUUAUCGUUGGGUUGGUCGUUGGUGUUUGUACCUUGUUGAUUUUAUUUUAUGCGUUUCAUUAAUUAAGUUUUAAACGAUUUAUUAUUAAUUAUACUUUAUUUUUUAAUGCGGAGGAGCUAAAUGAAAAGUUACGUUUAAAUAAAAUAUCACCAAGUUGCA